AUGACAGAUGCAGAAGAGCUAGAGAUAUGUAAUCUGCACAGGGCCAUAUAUAAGAACGACUGGUCCGCUGCAAAAGCAUCCAUUGAUCGCCUUCCUAGGAUAUUGGACGUAGAUUUUGCUGCUUCAACUGGCGAAACGCCUCUUCAUGUGGCUGUAAAGUUUGGGCAUGUGGGCAUAGUGGAGGAGUUGGUGAGAUUAGUUUCAGCAGAAUAUCUUGAAAUAUAUGAUACUUAUGGGCAUACUCCACUUACAAUAGCUGCAUCACAUAGUGGAGUCAUCCCAAUUGUCUUAUGCUUGGUCAACAAAAAUAGAAAAGCACUGGUAAUGCCAGUUAAAGGCACGUCAUGGGCGAUUCCUGCGCAAGUUGCUUUUCGUACUGGCCUUAAAGAAGUUGGAAGUUAUCUCUAUAACGUCACUCCUUUGGAAGCUUUCAAACCAGAAAAGGUCCUUGUGGGUCCUGUGUUCCUCAUGAGCUGUUUCGUCACUGGUGGUCUUGGUAACAUGACUUCUACACAAUUAUGUCAUCAAUAUGUUUCAUUUUCAUUUCUUCAUCCCUUCUUAACCUUAAUUAAAAAUAUCCAUGUGCCAACAGGGACAGGCGGUCUACGCCAUCGGCUCAUCUCCCGCAUCUAUGAUUUCUCAGGGAUGAAGGAAAUACGGAAGAUGAAGCUGCAACAUGCACAAACAGCUGAAAUUCUAAACCUAGUUUGCCAGAAUGUGAUAGUUUUGAAUGAAGAAAAGAAGAAUAUAAUUGCAGGAGCACUGAAAGCUGCAGCUGUUGUAGGGAAUGUUGAGUUUUGGUUGCAAGUAAUGAAGGCAAACCCGCAAUUAAUCUCACUAGUCACUUUUGGUACCCCAUACUCGCCCUUAUUCUUCAAUGCUGUUGCAAAUCGUAAUGCUGAGAUUUUCAACCUCCUCCGUGGUUUUCGCUUUAAUAAUGUGGUGGCUGCGUGGAUAGAUGAAGAGAAAAAUUCCUUGCUGCAUAUGGCAGCCUCUUUGGCUCCUGCUUCCUACCUUAACAGCAUCUCUGGUGCCGCCCUGCAAAUGCAAAGAGAACUGCAAUGGUUCAAGGCAGUGGAGAAGAUGGUGGAACCUGGAUAUAGGUAUUUCAUAAACAGGGAAUUGUUGAACCCUUUGGACUUUUUCAAGAAAAACCACAAGGACCUUAGGGAUAAAGGAGAGAAGUGGAUGAAAGAAACAGCAUCUUCUUGCUCUGUUGUUGGGGCUCUAAUUGUUACCAUCAUGUUUGCCGCGGCGUUAACCGUUCCAGGAGGAAACAACCAGAAUUCAGGGUAUCCAAUGUUUAUGGAGAAAAGAUUAUUUAAAGUUUUCUUAAUUUCAGAUGCACUUUCCCUAUUUUCUUCCACUACUUCUGUACUCACAUUUUUGGGGAUCCUCACCUCACGCUAUGCAGAAGACGACUUCUUAUACUCACUACCUCGAAAAUUGAUAAUAGGUCUUUCUACAUUGUUUCUGUCCAUUGCAACUAUGAUGAUUGCCUUUUCCGCAACCAUAAUGAUCAUGUGGCAAAGUAAACCGUCACACUUAUGGGCCCUUCUUCCUGUUGCUAUGCUUGCUGGUGUUCCAGUAACUCUCUUUGUAUUAUUACAAUUCCCUCUUCUUGUUGAAGUAAUUUCUUCUACUUAUGGUCAGGGCAUCUUCAAGAAGGGGGAGAAGUGGCCAUGAACUGUGUGUGUAAUUCAAAUGUCU